AUGUCAUACGUUGCUAUUCCCGAGAAAAGGCACUUGGGAUGGUCAAUGCUCUUAAAAGAUUUUUCUGGUUCCCCACUCCAUCGCUUUAAGAAGCCAGGAUCCAAAAACUUCCAGAACAUCUUCCCCCCCUCGGCAACACUUCACCUUUCUAACAUCCGGGAUGGAGUUGGAGAGGAUGAUCUGCGCCUCCUGUUCUCUAACAGUGGAGGGACUGUCAAGGCCUUCAAGUUCUUCCAGGAUCGUAAGAUGGCCUUGAUCCAGAUGUCGUCAGUGGAGGAAGCCAUCCAGGCUCUGAUGGAUCUUCACAACUAUGACAUGGGAGGAAAUCACCAUCUGAAAGUUUCCUUUUCAAAAUCUACCAUCUAACCCUCACACAAAACUCCCAUCUCCUAAAAUAAUUAAUGCAGAUCUGUGAUGAGGGAAGAGGUCAAUACCAUUAGUCCUCUCUACAUUUUCUGUGAAUAGUUUUCACUCUAAGUAUUGCAGAAAAAAAAUAAAUCAAUCAAUUUCACAAAGUAAAUUUUCUUGACCAGUAGAAGCAGUACUUCCCUCAGUCAGCAGUUUUGAUGAAAUCAUCUUAAAGAGCAACUAAACUGGCUCUGUGCAGUGUUUCUGUUUACCAGCAGUUCUGUACAUGUGUUCUCCAGGUGGGACCUCAGUGUUGGUGUGGUUACAGGUGAAACAGACUUGAAGCCUGGUACAUGUUAAGAUACUCUCUAAGUUGUAGCUUUGGGGUUUUUUGUUUCAGUUCUAUCACUGCUAAGAGUGAGUUGCUGUUUUGAUUUAGUGUUGCGCUGUUCAGAGAUGACCUGUCAGUGAGGCAGUAGUCUCCUUUAAUUACUGAUCUGCCAUUUUUACUGUACACCUUGUUGCUUCUUAAACCACACGUGUUAUUUUUUUUUUUUGUUUUUUUUUUUUUUUGCUCGCAGGAAAAUCUCACUUCAUUUCAUGUUAGUAUUGUUGAUAAAGCCACUCACUAGUCUGACCCUUGUUGUCAGCCCUUAUGUGACUCGUCUGUUGUCUGACAAGGUCUCUCCUUCUGUUCAGUGUCUGUCAGGAUACAUUCAAAUAAAAGGAGUAGAUGGUGUAAUUAUAUUCAGUUUUAUACAACAACAGCUCAGCUUUAACUGUAGCUGCACUACACAAAACAAUUUUGAGGAGGUUGGUUUAAAGUGACUCAAAAACUAAAUAUGGGCAACAUCAACUCUCAGAAAUCUUCUAGAUAAUAGUAAAGUAUUUGCAGUGCUGUCAUUUUUUUCUUACCUGGUGCACUUUCCUAAUUAUAUUCUCAUAGCUGAACAAUCAUUUUGAAGAUGUUUGUAUCUGAGGCCUAUUUAAUUAACAUUGGUGAGUUCGUCGUAGCCUCUCUGUAUGAUGUUUCAAGGCUUGGUGGGAAUGAGUCAUCACUUGAAGCUGAAUAUGCCUGUUGAGCAUCACUGAAACGUCCUUUACAGCACAACAUGGAAUGUACACAUUGUAAUAAUACUGACCCAAAGGUUAAGUCGCCAAUGAAGAAUAGAGUCAACUGUCAUUUCCUGUUUAAAGCCCAUCCCAGUUGUUUGAAAAGCAGCUGUGAGUGGGUUCACUCACAUACAUGCAUGCCACUGCUGUCUGUUUAGACGAGGUUUCAACAUGUGAUUCUGGUCCUAGUCUCUGGUUUGGGGACAUCCACUGGGACCAAAGUACAUGUGCCUUUAGUCUGUGAUCUGAUUGUAGUCGUAUGUCUUUAAACAGAAUUAUUUUAUCGGUUAACUUUGUUGAUGUUGAAAUGAACCUCGUCUUCCCAGUGCUCUGUUUGUCUUACCAAGCGGAGAUGCACAGAAAACUGGGUCACUGUUUCAGCUGAGGUUUUCUCUGAUGUGGUUUUUAUUUUUCAUUCAUCUCUUGUUUUUACUUGCCACCACAAAGUUUAUUUUUGGACAGUUUUAAUCCUUUUCAGGAAUUGUUGUAAAUUUUCUACUUGAGUUCAGUUGUUUUGUGAUAAGAUUUCAGAUUAGCACAAAUUAAAUACGUCUUUUCUACCAAGAAGCCCAAGUUAAAUUGUGUGUUUGUGUGUUAAUGUUUGUUUGGACAGUUUCAGGCCUCUGCUCUCAUCUGUAUCUUCCCUGUAAUAAACUUCUCUUGCUCUGUUCA